GGGAGACUGUGACGAAGUGGGCCUGUUCUUAAUGUUUCCUCUGAAUAGUGUGGGGGUGCCUCAGUUUCCCCUAUGCAGUUCUUAAGUAUCUAGGUGGUGGGGUAAGGGUGUAUGAUCAUUGCAGAGCCCUAGAGGGCAGGUGUGUGCAGGAGUCUGGACACAGAGAAUGGCCAACACCCUGUUUCCUGGCAACUGAUGGCCUGGGCCCUUCCCCCCCUGCAAGGUGAGAGCUGAAGGGUUGGAGAACAAAGGAAUCAGGUGACCACCUGGCCCGGGAAAGGAACAAAGCCCAGAGAAGGAGGGGCUGGAGGGAGUUUCAGUUUGGGGCUGGCUGGGACAUGGAGUGAAGUGCAGACGUGGUUGUCUGGCUCACUGCCCCCAAAAUGGACCCAGCUGAGGGGUCCCGUUCUCUGCACCUGCAAGCUCUGUUUUAGACCAUGUUCCUGUCGUCUAAUAAACCUUCUGUUUUACUGGCUGGCUGAGAGUCACGUCUGACUGCGAAGUUGGGGUGCAGGACCCUCUGGCUUCCCCAGGAGCCCCGCCUGAGCGGACUCGCUGUGGGAAGCGCACGGAGGGGCAGAGGAUGCUGAAUGCUCCGAGGUCAGACCCAGGAAGGUGGAAGCUGUGUGAGCUGUGUGUCCUGCAGACAGGGUGCUCACAGAAAGGCGACUGCCCCAGAGUCCUGACUGACUUCAUGGGGAGCAGUUCCAGAGCAUCGCCCAGGGACUCCGUGACAACUGGUGGCAGCGGUGGGAUGUACUGCACCCCGUGGAUGGUGCUUCCUGCAGUAAGUGACUGGGGAGCAGUAACACGAAGGGGGAUUGCCGAGGACCAGGCCUGCUGAAGGCUCAGAGAGGAGCGGUUUCGGGGGCGGUUAACCCCUGGGAGUGUGUGACCAGCGAGAAGGAUUGUGCAGUAACAGGGUUCCCCUGGGGACUGCAGCGAGCAGUCCAAGGGGCGGAGGAGUCUGCAGCUCGACCCUGGCAAAGAGGUGGUGACCUCGAGAAGGGCUGGCACACUAGGGGUUCUCCCUGGAAACCGUGGGGAGCUGAGAGCACACGGGCCUGUGAGUCCACAACAACUUGGGAGGAGCGGAGUGAUGGCCUGUCACCGUCUCCUUAAGAAGGACAUUGUAACCCUGUGCAGAAAGAGAGGGUUGAGCGUUGGAAAGUUCACCAAAGCAGAGUUAAUCGUGCAGCUGGAGGAGGAUGACCGCUCUAAGGAACAGAUUCCUGACCCCAACUGGGGCUAUAGCAGGAUCUGGGAGCAGCUGGAGCGGGAGCCAGGCAUCGCCAAGACUCCUGUCCCCGACCAGACGGGGGUCUUCACGAUCGGGUUCGCCAUCGGGGGAUCGAGACGGACGGGAUUGGAGCGGAGUCUGAGAGAGCAAGAGGACCGUGGGAGACAGCGAGAGCCCGAGAAAGAGCUGCAGAAGCAGCAGCAGCAUGAACUGGCGGUGGGGGAGCGGAGAGGCCUAGGGGACCUCCCCGGGGAUUUCUCAUCCCUGGGCCGGACGCACUCUCCCGGAUGGAGCCAGGGGCAGAGCUGCGGGUCCCAGGCCCCCGGGGUGCUGAGGAGACCCCGAGAGACGCCCGCACAGGUGAUGGGCCAGCAAGCGAGGCCGAGGAGGGGGAUCCCCAGCCGGAAGGGCGCGAGCGAGCGGAGCCAGACGGGAAGUUACCGGGACAACCCCAGGAGAGCGGUGGGCCGAGCCCCGGAGCCUGCGAGAGCCGACGGGGAAACCCUGCUGGGGAGAGAGACGCGGAGCCGGCUCUCCGCAGGGCAGGUGACAGGGGGCUGGAGGAAUCCACGAUCCGGGCAGCAGGGACGCCCCGCAGCUCUGCCCUGGCAGCCCAGCCGCGGAUCUGCGCCCCAGCGAGACCGCCCGGGCCCCCGGCCCCUGGGCGGCAGUACGCCUGCCCCGAGUGCGGCAAGGCCUUCGGGCAGAGCUCCCACCUGACGCAGCACCUGCGGAUCCACACGGGCGAGCGGCCCUACGUCUGCCCCGACUGCGGCCGGGCCUUCAGCGCCAGCUCCAACUUCCUGGCGCACCGGCGGGUGCACACGGGCGAGAAGCCCUACGACUGCGCCGUAUGCGGACGCAGCUUCCGCGCCGGCUCCACCCUGCAGCGGCACCGGCGGCUGCACACCGGCGAGCGCCCCUACCGCUGCGGCCACUGCGGCCGCACCUUCUCCCAGAGCUCCUCGCUGGCCAAGCACCGGCGGCUGCACACCGGCGAGCGCCCCUACCGCUGCAGCCAGUGUGGGGAGGCCUUCGCCGUGCAGUCGGGGCUGGCCGCCCACCGGAGCCGGCACACGGGCGAGCGCCCCUUCGCCUGCCCCGACUGCGGCAAGGGCUUCCGGCGCAGCUCCGACCUGGUGCAGCACCAGCGGGCCCACACGGGCGAGCGGCCCUUCCGCUGCGGCCAGUGCGGCGCUGGCUUCAGCCUGGCCUCCACCCUGGUCAACCACCAGCGGAGACACACCGGGGAGCGGCCCUACCCCUGCCAGCUCUGCGGGGCCAGCUUCGCCCGCAGCUCCACCCUGGCCCGCCAUCGGCGGGGCCAUGGGCCCCAGGGCACCGGGCCGGGCGGGAGUCCGGAGCCACAGCCCACGCCCCCAGGGGAGGAGCCUGCCCCCCAGCCAGGCCCCCUGAGUCAGGGCUCCAGCCCCGCGCCCCAGCAGGACUCCCUGGGUCACAGCUCAGAGGACGCCCUCGCCCAGCAGGGCCCUCUGGGUAACAGCUCCGAUCCUGACCCCCAGCAGGGUCCCCUGAGCCAGGCUCCCGUGGGUCAUGGGUCAAAUUCCACCCCUGACCAAGGUCCCCUGAGCCAGGCCCCCGUGGGUCAUGGGUCAGAUCCCACCCACCAGCAAGGUCCCCUGAGCCAGGCCCCCACGGAUCACGGGUCACAUCCCGCCCCCCAGCAGAACCCCCUGAGUCAGGGCACCAUAGAUCAGGGUCCGGCCCCCCAGCCUGGCACUGUGGGUCAUGGCUCAGAUCCUGCCCCCCAGCAGGGCCCCCCGGCUCGGCCCCCCGCCCUCCAGCCGGGCGAGCGCCCCUACCCCUGCCUGGUGUGCGGGAAGCGCUUCUCCCGCAGCUCCAACCUGGUGGCCCACCAGCGGAUCCACGCGGGCGACAAGCCCUUCCGGUGCCCGGAGUGCGGGCGGGGCUUCCUGCGGGGCUCCAACCUGCGGACGCACCGGCGGCUGCACACGGGCGAGCGCCCCUACCCCUGCCCCGAGUGCGGCAAGCGCUUCGGGGACACCUCCGUGCUGGUCAAGCACCAGCGCAUCCACACGGGCGAGCGCCCGCACCGCUGCCCCGACUGUCCCCGCCGCUUCAGCCAGGCCUCGGACCUGGUGGCCCACCGGCGGGUGCACACGGGCGAGAAGCCCUACGCCUGCGCCGAGUGCGGGCGCAGCUUCAGCCGCAGCUCCAACCUGCGGACGCACCGGCGGCUGCACCGCGGCGAGCGCCCCUACCCCUGCCCCCAGUGCGGCAAGCGCUUCGGCCAGAGCUCGGACCUGCUGCAGCACCAGCGGACCCACACCGGCGAGCGCCCCUUCGCCUGCGCCCAGUGCGGCAAGGCCUUCAGCAAGGGCUCCACCCUCACCGGGCACCAGCGCACCCACACGGGCGAGCGGCCCUUCGCCUGCACCGCCUGCGGCAAGCGCUUCCGGCACAGCUCCCACCUGACGGCCCACCUGCGGGUGCAUGCCCGGGCGCGGCCACUCUGAGCCGGGGACCCCGGCCCUGCCCCGGCCCCCACGGGACAGCCCGUCUCUGUGCACGCCCGGGUGCGGCCACUCUGAGCCGGAGACCCCGGCCCUGCCCCGGCCCCCACGGGACGGCCCGUCUCUGUGCACGCCCAGGCACGGCCGCGCUGAGCAGGGGGAGCCCUGGGGGGUGCCAUGUACUGCCCCACAGCCACAUCAGAGGCUGCAUGCUCAGGAGAGGUAGCCCUGAGACACGGCUCCCCCCAGCUCUGCGAGGGGAGUGUGGUCUGGUGGGUUAGUGUGGGGGGGGUUGGGAGCUGGGAGCCAGGACUCCUGGGUUCUCUCCCUGGCUCUUUUAUAUUCUCCAAUCUCUGAGUAUAGCCUGGCUCUUAGGACUGAUUUCCCCCUCCUCUCUUGCAUUUCCCUCUGUCCCUGAGGACCUGACCCCUGGGAUUUGUCCCUGCUGGGGCUGCCCCCCAGCUCUGCCUUUGCUGCCUAGGGCUGCUUUUAGAGAUCACAGGCUCCAGGCCGGAGGCGGACGCGGAUGCUACGGGGGGAGUCAGGUUAGCAUGGCAAGUCUCAGCUUGCAGUUAAGAAAUGGUGUCAGCUCUCUUGGACGUGGAGGAAAGCACCAAAGUGGGACCCUGGCGCCUGCCUGAGUGUGCAGAGAGCCUGAGCCCGUCACUGCGAGGGGCGUGAGCUCCUCCGUUCACCCCCUGCCCGGGGCACCCAGCGCACGGGGAAGUAGCAGGAACAUGCGGCUUCCCCUGUUCCCGUUGGGUGAUGCGCGGGAGGUCCCAGGGGUGGGGAGCAGGGGCCGGCUGGACCAAACGGUUUGCAGAGAGCGGCUGGGUGCGCAGGCCCCUGUGUGGUGAUUCGUGCCCACCACCACGGCAGCUCGUUCCCCUCCAGGGAGUCCUCGCAAAGGGGGGUUUCCCACCGGUGGGGGGCGGGGGGGAUUCUGUUGAUUUUCCCCCUUGUGUAAAUAAAUGUGAUGAGCAGAAUUCA